AAUCUCUCUCUCUCUCCCUCAUUCCAUAAACCCAUUACACAAAAACCCGCCAUUGUUACACUCUAAGAGAAGAGAGAAGGAAAAAUGGAAGGUGUAUCACCAAAGUUUGUGUUGCCGGAGACAUUCGACGGCGUGAGGAUGGAGAUCACAGGACAACUAGGCAUGAUCUGGGAGCUUGUAAAAGCACCAGUUAUUGUCCCUCUUCUUCAAUUAGCUGUUUACAUCUGUUUGCUUAUGUCUGUCAUGCUUUUAUGUGAGAGGGUUUACAUGGGAAUCGUCAUCGUCCUUGUCAAACUCUUCUGGAAAAAACCAGACAAACGUUACAAAUUCGAGCCCAUUCAUGACGAUGAAGAGCUUGGUAGCUCCAAUUUCCCAGUCGUCCUCGUACAAAUCCCCAUGUUCAACGAACGAGAGGUUUAUAAGCUAUCAAUAGGAGCGGCGUGUGGACUCUCUUGGCCGUCCGAUCGUCUCGUGAUUCAAGUGUUAGAUGACUCAACAGAUCCUACUGUUAAGCAAAUGGUGGAAAUGGAGUGCCAAAGAUGGGCAAGUAAAGGAAUCAAUAUUAGGUAUCAAAUAAGAGAAAAUAGAGUUGGUUACAAAGCCGGUGCUUUAAAGGAAGGACUCAAACGUAGUUAUGUCAAACAUUGCGAGUAUGUUGUCAUCUUCGACGCCGAUUUUCAGCCCGAACCGGAUUUUCUUCGCCGUAGCAUUCCUUUUCUCAUGCACAAUCCCAACAUUGCCUUGGUUCAGGCCCGAUGGCGGUUCGUAAAUUCUGAUGAGUGCUUAUUGACAAGGAUGCAAGAAAUGUCGUUGGAUUACCAUUUCACUGUUGAGCAAGAAGUCGGUUCAUCGACACAUGCUUUUUUCGGCUUCAACGGAACCGCCGGAAUCUGGAGAAUAGCGGCGAUAAAUGAAGCCGGCGGGUGGAAAGAUAGAACCACCGUGGAAGAUAUGGAUCUCGCCGUCCGAGCUAGUCUUCGCGGCUGGAAAUUUCUCUACCUCGGUGACCUUCAGGUGAAAAGUGAGCUUCCAAGUACUUUUAGAGCCUUCCGUUUUCAGCAACAUAGAUGGUCUUGUGGACCUGCAAAUCUCUUUAGGAAAAUGGUUAUGGAGAUCAUAAGAAACAAGAAAGUGAGAUUCUGGAAGAAAGUGUAUGUGAUCUACAGCUUCUUCUUUGUGAGGAAGAUCAUUGCACAUUGGGUCACAUUUUGUUUCUACUGCGUUGUUCUUCCUCUUACCAUUCUCGUCCCCGAAGUUAAAGUUCCGAUUUGGGGUUCCGUUUAUAUCCCUUCCAUCAUCACUAUCCUCAACUCAGUCGGUACUCCAAGGUCGAUUCAUCUGCUGUUCUAUUGGAUUCUAUUCGAGAAUGUGAUGUCGCUACACCGGACAAAGGCUACUCUCAUUGGUCUGUUUGAGGCAGGAAGGGCUAACGAAUGGGUCGUGACUGCUAAGCUUGGAAGCGGUCAGAGUGCUAAAGGAAACACAAAAGGGCUCAAAAGGUUCCCAAGAAUCUUCAAAUUGCCUGAUCGAUUGAAUACAUUGGAGCUUGGAUUCGCGGCGUUCUUGUUCGUGUGUGGAUGCUAUGACUUUGUGCACGGGAAGAACAAUUACUUCAUCUACUUGUUUCUUCAGACAAUGUCUUUCUUCAUCAGUGGGCUUGGCUGGAUCGGGACUUAUGUCCCGAGUUAGUAGAGUUGUGUUCUGGUAACAUGUUACAGGGAGAAAAGAGAAGGUUAUUAAUUUUCUGGAGAAAUAAAGACAAUUUUAAAUG